AUGAAAUAGUCAAUUCUGCUUAGAGAUGAAUACAAUUAUGAAUAUGAAAUAGACACAAAUUAAAUUAUCGGAAAAGGUGCCAUAAACAAAGUCUUUAACUGUUACAAGAAGGUUGGAAAUUAAUCAUUUGAAUGCUGUGCAAAAGUAAAAUUUUAAAUUAUUAAAGAUUAUAAAUAUUACUCCAUCUAAUAAGGAAAUGGUAAUCCAAGAAUAUGAAAUCUAUAAGACUAUUAAAAAUUUACAAAAUCCCAAUAUUGUGACAAUUCAUCAUUUAGAAAUUAUUGAAGAAAGGUCAUACUUUGCAAUAAUUAUGGAGAAGUGUAUCUCUACUCUUGAACAGGAAUAGAGGGAGAAACAAAAAUAUGAGGAAGAAGAAAUUCUUGAUUUUUUAAGACAAUUCAUUAAUGGAUAUAAAGUACUUUAUGAUUUGAAAAUUAUCCAUAGAGAUAUAAAACCAGCAAAUAUCCUUAUAUAAUAAUAUGGAAAUAAGAAAUUAUAUAAAUUGGCUGAUUUUGGAAUAGCUUAAUUUUGUGAAUAAAAUAAUUUAUGGCUAACCAAAUUAGGAACUCCUAUGUUUGCUUCACCUGAAUUAAAUGUUUUGAAUAAAGAUAAUAAUCUAAGAUAAAAUUUAGCUGAAAUGAACAAACAGCAUUAGAGAAGUGUAGUUGAUAUGUACUCUGUACUUAUUUCUUUAAAUAAAGCUUGGUAUUGUAAUAAAUCUCAUGUUCACAGGAGAAUAUCCAUAUUAGGAUGAACAUCAUAGUAUUAUUAAUUUUAUGCGUACACUUGAAUAUCAACCUUUUAAGAUUCAUUAAUUUUAGAGUGAAAUAAUUAAACUUUUAGUAGAAGGUAUGAUAGAGUAUAAUCCUAAAAAAAGAAUGAAUUUUUAAUCUUUAUGUGAAAUUUUUAAUAGACUCUGUAUUGUACCUGAAUAUAAAGUAAGAGAUGCUUUUAGCUCAUUAACCCAUAGCAUUGAACAAAAUCAACUAGAUUAACAAAAAUCAAAUGUAUUCUUAAACUAGCUAAAUUUUGCUCAAAAACAAAACAGAGGCAUUCCAUUUAGUUAAAAAAAUGUUUAAUAAUAAAGUCUAAGCUUUCUACCAAAUUUGCAAAAUAUGCCAUUUCAACAAAUCCCAAGAUCUCCACUCAAUUAUCAAAAUAAUCCUUAUUAUCAAAUCCCUACUUUCCCACUCUGUCAAGGAAUCCAAAAUUAAUCAUCGAAUUUACAAAACUAUGCUCCCAAACAACAUCAAGGACCUCCACCAAAUUUUUUUUAUUAACAAAACUAUAGCCUUCCACAAAAUUUUCCAUAUUAACAAAUCCCAAAUUUUCUACAAUAUGUACCAAAUUUUGGUUAUAUUCCAAACUUUCAACCAAAUUAGCAAAUUCCAGGCCUUUAGCUUAAUUAAUAAAUCCCAGGCUUUUAGGUUAAAUAAUAAAUCCAAAAUAUUCCAAUAAAUUAACAAAUCCCAGGUUGUCCACUAAAUUAUCAAAAUUCACCUUUUUAUUAAAUCCCACAAUUUCACCUGAAAUAAUAAAAUUGGUAAUACUAGCAAAUCCCUUUGCCCAAAAAUUAUUAAUAUUUUUAAUAUUAACAAACCCCAAACUAUAUUUUAAAUUUUCAAAAUUAUACUCAAUAGCAAAACCAAGGCUUUCCUAAUUAAUAUUAAAAUUUUGCUAAAUAAAUUCUUCAUGUUAGGUAUAAAAUUAACAAAAAUUUGUUUAAUAACAAAACUAAGGCAAACAAUAAAUUUUUUAUAUCCAAAAAAACUCAAGUGAAAUUCUGAAUUCACAAAAUCAUGAAAAAAACAUAAACAAUCCAUAAAACAUACCUUUCACUUAAUAAAAGAACUCAAUUAUUAUACCUAAUUAAUAAAAACUUUCUUUGUAGCAAAACCAAAAUGUUCAACUAAAAUCAAAGAAUUUCGCUUAAUAAAACUCUAGUGAGAUAUUUAAUGAGUUAAAUUUUAAUCGAGAAUAAAACUAAAGUAUUCUACAAAAUUACCAAAGUUAUAUUUAACAACAAUUCAAAGAUGUUUAAGAUCUAUAGUAAGCUGGUAAUUAAAAACAUUAAAGCGAAAAAAGCGAGCCACUAAAUCAACAAAAUUUUGAUGUAGAAAAUAACCAAAGUAUUCCAAUAAAUUAAGAAGUUUUUGCUUAAAAUCCUAAUUAAGGAAUUCCAUAAAAAUAAUAAGGCUUUAUUCAAUAGAAAAAAAACAACUUGGGUUAGCUCAUAGAUUAAUAAAAAUUUGCUCAAAAACAAAAUCAAACCUUCCCACUAAAUUAACAAAUAUUUCCUUUCCAACCAAACACUAACUUUCCAUUAUUGUAACAAAAUUAUGCAUUUAAACAAUUCACAGGCCUUCCACUAAUUUAUCAAAACAUGUAUCAAUAGAAAAAUAAAGGCCUUCCUCCGAACAUACAAACUAUUCCUUAAAAACCAAAUUUCGGAAAAGAAAAUGUUUAAAAUUUAUAAAAUCAUGAAUACGCAUUUAAAAUGAUGUUGUAAAAGCAAUCAGUAAANUUAAAAAAAUGUUUAAUAAUAAAGUCUAAGCUUUCUACCAAAUUUGCAAAAUAUGCCAUUUCAACAAAUCCCAAGAUCUCCACUCAAUUAUCAAAAUAAUCCUUAUUAUCAAAUCCCUACUUUCCCACUCUGUCAAGGAAUCCAAAAUUAAUCAUCGAAUUUACAAAACUAUGCUCCCAAACAACAUCAAGGACCUCCACCAAAUUUUUUUUAUUAACAAAACUAUAGCCUUCCACAAAAUUUUCCAUAUUAACAAAUCCCAAAUUUUCUACAAUAUGUACCAAAUUUUGGUUAUAUUCCAAACUUUCAACCAAAUUAGCAAAUUCCAGGCCUUUAGCUUAAUUAAUAAAUCCCAGGCUUUUAGGUUAAAUAAUAAAUCCAAAAUAUUCCAAUAAAUUAACAAAUCCCAGGUUGUCCACUAAAUUAUCAAAAUUCACCUUUUUAUUAAAUCCCACAAUUUCACCUGAAAUAAUAAAAUUGGUAAUACUAGCAAAUCCCUUUGCCCAAAAAUUAUUAAUAUUUUUAAUAUUAACAAACCCCAAACUAUAUUUUAAAUUUUCAAAAUUAUACUCAAUAGCAAAACCAAGGCUUUCCUAAUUAAUAUUAAAAUUUUGCUAAAUAAAUUCUUCAUGUUAGGUAUAAAAUUAACAAAAAUUUGUUUAAUAACAAAACUAAGGCAAACAAUAAAUUUUUUAUAUCCAAAAAAACUCAAGUGAAAUUCUGAAUUCACAAAAUCAUGAAAAAAACAUAAACAAUCCAUAAAACAUACCUUUCACUUAAUAAAAGAACUCAAUUAUUAUACCUAAUUAAUAAAAACUUUCUUUGUAGCAAAACCAAAAUGUUCAACUAAAAUCAAAGAAUUUCGCUUAAUAAAACUCUAGUGAGAUAUUUAAUGAGUUAAAUUUUAAUCGAGAAUAAAACUAAAGUAUUCUACAAAAUUACCAAAGUUAUAUUUAACAACAAUUCAAAGAUGUUUAAGAUCUAUAGUAAGCUGGUAAUUAAAAACAUUAAAGCGAAAAAAGCGAGCCACUAAAUCAACAAAAUUUUGAUGUAGAAAAUAACCAAAGUAUUCCAAUAAAUUAAGAAGUUUUUGCUUAAAAUCCUAAUUAAGGAAUUCCAUAAAAAUAAUAAGGCUUUAUUCAAUAGAAAAAAAACAACUUGGGUUAGCUCAUAGAUUAAUAAAAAUUUGCUCAAAAACAAAAUCAAACCUUCCCACUAAAUUAACAAAUAUUUCCUUUCCAACCAAACACUAACUUUCCAUUAUUGUAACAAAAUUAUGCAUUUAAACAAUUCACAGGCCUUCCACUAAUUUAUCAAAACAUGUAUCAAUAGAAAAAUAAAGGCCUUCCUCCGAACAUACAAACUAUUCCUUAAAAACCAAAUUUCGGAAAAGAAAAUGUUUAAAAUUUAUAAAAUCAUGAAUACGCAUUUAAAAUGAUGUUGUAAAAGCAAUCAGUAAACACUAAUAUAUAAAAUUUUUUGACAUCUUAUGUGAAAAAGGCAAUGUAAAAAUUUAUAAAAUUUAAGGUUAAUUUUUAAAAAGAUUUUAAAUCCAGAUAUAAUAAAAACCUUAGAAUCAUACAUUUUGGGGAAUAGUAAUUUCAAUGAGAUUCAUAGUCUAUUUGAUAACUUUGAUAAAAGUCUAGACUACACGGAUGAGGAUAUAUAAUUUUAUUACUGUUUGAAAUAUGGAAUAAGGAAUCAAACAUCAAUCGCGUCUAUCUCUACAUCUGAAUAAUUUAAAGAUUUAUGUAGAUGA